GAACCGACGGCAUUGGCGAGGCGUUUCCAUUGUCGAAGUGAAACUCAUUACAUGCGAUAGAUUGAAGGGCUCGCUCCAGAUUCUAGGAGGAAGGAAGAGCUUGGGUGAAGGAAAGAGCUCCUAUUUCUUGGAUAUGGCAGCAGCGGCCAUGGCUCAAAAGGUUUUGGUGCCUUGUUCUUCGUCUUCGUCUUGCGGGAAAGUCCAGUUCUCUCCAAGCCGAGUGCACACCCAGGCCAUCGCAUUUGGUGGAGAGUUGUCUCAGAGUUCUAGCAGGAAGAACAAGAGCCUAGCGCUAAAAGCUGUCGCGGCAAAGGGUGAAACAUCCGCUCCAGUUACUGCAAAGUCUGGGCACGAGAUCUUGCUCUUCGAUGCUCUCCGCGAAGGUCUCGAGGAGGAGAUGGCGAGAGAUCCCACAGUGUGCGUCAUGGGAGAGGACGUCGGCCACUACGGAGGCUCCUACAAAGUCACCAAAGGGCUGGCCGAGAAGUUUGGCGACUUGCGCGUCCUCGACACGCCGAUUUGCGAGAACUCCUUCACGGGAAUGGGGAUCGGCGCUGCCAUGACGGGACUCCGGACAGUGGUAGAAGGCAUGAACAUGGGAUUCUUGCUGCUGGCUUACAACCAGAUCUCCAACAACGCUGGAAUGCUCCACUAUACUUCGGGUGGUCAGUUUAAGAUCCCGGUGGUGAUCCGCGGCCCCGGUGGGGUUGGAAAGCAGCUUGGAGCCGAGCACUCGCAGCGUUUGGAGUCGUACUUCCAGUCAGUCCCGGGCUUGCAAAUGGUGGCGUGCUCCACUCCAUACAACGCGAAGGGACUGAUGAAGGCCGCGAUCCGGAGUGACAACCCGGUGAUCCUCUACGAGCACGUCCUUCUCUACAAUCUCAAGGAGAGGAUCCCCGACGAGGAGUACGUGCUUUGCCUCGAGGAGGCCGAGCUUGUUCGUCCGGGAAAGGAUAUCACCAUCCUGACUUACUCGAGGAUGCGGCACUUCGUGCUCCAGGCUGCCAAGACGCUGGUGGAGCGAGGGUAUGAUCCGGAGAUCAUCGACAUCAGGUCGCUCAAGCCUUUUGAUCUGUUCACGAUUGGGAACUCGAUCAAGAAGACGCACAAGGUUCUCAUCGUGGAGGAGUGCAUGAGAACUGGCGGGAUUGGAGCCAGCUUGAGAGCUGCGAUUGUUGACAACUUCUGGGACUUCCUCGAUGGCCGGCCCGAGUGUUUGUCGUCACAGGACGUCCCGACACCUUACGCUGCAACGCUGGAGGACGCGACGGUGGUACAGCCGGCGCAGAUCAUUGUGAAAGUGGAGCAAAUGUUGCAAGGUCUCAUCUAAAACUCCACAAUCACGACAAAGACAAACGCUCUUAAAUUCCCCGGCGAGAGUGGAAGUUCUUCGAAUCCAUUCUUACAAUAAGGAAGAACAUUACCAGUUUUUCGAGUUGAUACCUGGAAAAAAAUUCUUUUUUAGUGGCUUUGGAAACCAUUGAAGAACACGAGCCUUAUUAAAUAUCCAGUUUUUUUUAA